UGCUAGUAAAAAUGUAAAAUUAGGUAAUCCUGCCUCAUCCUCUUCGCAAGCAACUAAACAGAGCAAGCCGCUGCGGACUUGCGGAGUGCGGACAAUGCUGAAAAGCUGAAGGGAGCCGUCUAUCCGUCGCCUACUAUCAGCUACGCCGUCAUCCUCCGUCUACAUAUCAGCUACGCCGUCCUUUGCCGUCGUCCUCUGUCUAAAACUAGGCUGCAGCCCAUUGCCUAAAGUGAGGAACUUCCCGUAACCCAACCCGGCAAUCCCGUUCGUGACUUCGGCCAGUCGCAGUCCCGCAGCCUCGCACGCAGCACGUGGCACCGGCCUUACGCCACCGCAUCUCCGCACGCUGCGUGGAAGUUUGCUUCUCACAAUCUCACUUUUCAGCUUGUGGCCUUGUGGGAGUUCUGGCUGAGUGGCUGCCUUCCGUAGCUCCACUAAUCGCCCAGCCCCAGGGAACAGGGAGCAGUUAUGGUAGGGCUAUCUCUUGGAGAAAAAAACUUCAUUAGAGGUGGUAUUGCUCAAGACUUGCGAACAGAUGGCAGGACACGAUUAUCUUAUCGACCCAUUUAUGUUGAAAAUAGUGUCAUCCCCCAGGCAAGUGGUUCGGCUAGAGUCAAGUUGGGUGCAACAGAUGUCAUCGUCAGUGUCAAGGCUGAACUUGGAAAACCAAGCCCAUCUCACCCGGACAAGGGAAGAGUUUCUAUAUAUGUAGAUUGCAGUCCCACUGCAGAGCCAACAUUUGAGGGAAGAGGUGGCGAUGAGUUGUCUGCAGAACUGUCAAUUGCCCUUCAACAAUGCCUGCUUGGUGGAAAAAGUGGUGCAGGGGCUGCAAUUGAUCUUUCUUCCCUCUCAGUUGUGCACGGAAAAGUUUGUUGGGAUCUAUACAUAGACGGCCUGGUGGUAAGUUCAGAUGGGAAUAUACUUGAUGCUCUCGGUGCUGCUAUUAAGGCUGCCUUGAGUAAUACAUGUAUUCCAAGAGUCCAAGUUUCUGCUGAUGCUUCACCAAAUGAACAACCAGAAGUUGAUGUGAGUGAUGAAGAAUUUGUUCAGUUUGACACUAGUAGUGUCCCUGUCAUAGUCACUUUGACAAAGGUAGGUAGGUUCUGUAUUGUAGAUGCCACUUCAGAAGAGGAAUCCCAAAUGAGCUCAGCUGUGUCCAUUUCAGUUAAUAGGAAAGGUCAUAUUUGCGGGGUGAGUAAACGAGGUGGUGCGGCUUUAGAUCCAGCUGACAUACUUGACAUGAUACACAAAGCACAGGUUGUGGGUGAUGAGUUAGUCAACAAAUUGGAUUCUCUGAUAGCAGCAGCUGAAGCACGAGGAGAAGAGGAAUCUGAAUCAUGACAUUGUUCAUUUUUGCACAAUUUUUAGAUAGUGACUUACUUCUUUUGGCAACUAUCGUUUUUGUCAUGGGGCAUAAUUCAAACUGUUGUUUGGAUCUAGCUUACAGUUGUAUCAUUUUUCUUCAACUGUUGUAUUUCAGCUGUGUCAUUAUCGGUUCUUUCCUAGAUAAGGUUUUGUGGGACGUAUGCCGUUUUUGUUCCUUAUGAGAAACGGCGUUUUGCAUCGUGUAUACAAUGCCUUGUCAAUUUUGUGAAAUCAUCCCCACCGUGAAUUUCGCUCC